AGCAAAUUUCCUGUCAUGGUGAAUGACAGGCUCCUGCGUGCAGCACGGGGUGAGGAAGUGGACCAGGCGCCUGUAUGGGCCAUGAGGCAGGCUGGUCGCUACCUCCCAGAGUUCCGGGAACUACGUGCGAAACAUGACUUCUUUACCAUGUGCCAGACACCAUCUCUUGCAUGUGAAGUUACCCUACAGCCCCUAAACCGCUUCCCACUUGAUGCAGCUAUCAUCUUUUCGGACAUCUUGGUGAUUCCCCAAGCCCUAGGAAUGGAAGUGGAAAUGAGGCCUGGUGAGGGUCCUGUAUUUCCAUCUCCACUUCAAAAACCAGAGGAUCUUUCCAAACUAUCACCAGUUGGAGAUGUCUCUACUAAGCUUCAGUAUGUGUUUGAUGCCCUAACUCUCACUCGGAAGGAGCUAAAAGGAAAGGCAACACUGAUAGGAUUCAGUGGUGCUCCUUGGACGAUCAUGGCAUACAUGAUAGAGGGUAAAGGCUCCAAGACAAUGAGCAAUGCCAAGGGUUGGUUAUACAAGUACAGUGAUGCCAGCCACAGACUCCUCAAGAUAAUUACGGAUGCAACAAUUGAUUACCUUGUAGGUCAAGCCAAAGCUGGAGCCCAGGUACUGCAGGUGUUUGAGUCCCAUGCUGAACAUCUAGGGCCACAGCUUUUCAGGGAAUUUGCAUUGCCAUACUUGAAGUUGAUAUGUGACCAGGUGAAGGAACAGGUGCAGCUCCUUGGUCUACCAGACAUUCCCAUGAUAGUGUUUCCAAAGGGUGGUCAUUAUGCCUUGAAGGACCUGGCUUCCCUGAAAUAUGAAGUGAUUGGGAUUGACUGGACUGUUGAUCCAGCCAUAGCUAGGGAACUUGUGGGACCAACGAAGGUGCUCCAGGGGAAUCUUGACCCCUGUGCCCUGUAUGCUGACAAGAACUCCAUUGACAAGGCAGUGAAGAACAUGAUACAAAAGUUUGGUCGGUGCCGCUACAUUGCCAACCUGGGCCAUGGAAUGUACCCGGACAUGGACCCUGAACACUUGGCGACCUUUGUUCAAGCGGUCCAGAAAUACUCCAGAGUGUGACUUCCAUAUGCAGCCGUGUGAUUAUUUUUCAUCUGUGAUAGACUUGAUGGUAUUCAUUCAUUAGUAGUGUAAAUAAUUUUGCUGUCUUGCUGCAGAGUUUGUUCCUAAUCAUAAGUAAUCAAAUUUUUGCCAGUGAGGCCUCUUAAAGAUGGUAAUUGAUAUAGAUAAUUUAGGUCAUGACUAUCAACUCUGACUCACUGUCUCAAUGAGUAUUACAUUCAAAUUAAUAAAACAAAACAAACAGACAAAUAAUGUGUAUUUCUAGAAAUAUUAUGUAUGCAAACCUCCCAGGGGUACUUCAUCAACAGAUCAAAGAGCCUGGGGACGAACUAAAGGUAAAAAUUUUAGAUAUAUGAUAUACUUCAGACACUGAGAACCUCAUCUCCUAUUGGGUAUCAACUUUAUAACUUUGACGUUUUUCACUUGUGCUUACAUAAUUGCAUCUCCUUAGUGCAUUAGUUAGUCUGCCUAACUAUUUAAUCAAGGCCUGGGGAGUCAGUCUACAGCCCACCCAGCCGUUCAUCCCUUCUUUCGGGGCUAGAAAUUUUGUAUAUAAGAUUUACCACCUAUUAUAUUACAUAUGUCAUUGUGGGGAAACAGCAUUUUCAAUAAUUAUAUGGGUAAGUUUAUAAUUCAAGAUAUUCUAUGAUGGUAAAUGCUAAAUGAGAGAAACCAUUACACCAUCGAUCCCUUGCUGACGUGGCAAUAAGGCUGGAUUCACACGAGCCACUUUUUAGUGGUCAGUGGCCGCCACAAAAUAAUGGUCAAAAUAGAACACACACAACUCUAUGGGGGCAUGCACAUGGGACACUUUUUUGUGGUCGCCACAAAACAGUGGCGAGUUGUGGCGGGCGGAGCCAUUUUUCCAACCACGCCACCGUGGCCGGCGAUAGAUACAGUUGUUUCAAGUGGCAGCGUGCACACGAGCCACUAUCGUUGGCCACCACCCUGUCACCCGCCAAUUUUCCUCUUGUCUUGACACUGACCUUUAUGAAUUUAAAUGUCAUAAUGAUGUAUAAGUAUGACCUUCACACAUAACCUGUGUUUAGGAUAUGAUGGAUAAGCUCUUAUAUACUUUCAGAAUUAAUGUUUCAUUUCGUUUCACAGUUUUGCAUAUUAAUUGAUUCUGGUAUGGAUUAAUUACUGAUUGUGGUACUUUUCUUUACCCGAAAGUAGAAAGUGGAAAUGUUAUGUAACCACAAGACUACUGAAUUAUGUCAAUAAAUAACAUCUAAUG